AUGCCGGAGGUUUCCCUGCCUCUCACCACCUACUCGAUCAAUCACGAGGCUACGAUCGAUUUGGAUUCUACCAAUGCCUUCGAAGGGCCCGAGAAGUUGCUUGAAGUCUGGUUCACGCCGUCUCCCGAACUCCUCCCGAUGUCUGCCCAGCCGGACGGUCUCAAAUCGGUCUCGGAAGACACGUGGAAGGCCAUGCUGGACAUUGUCCGAUGCAAGGUUCUCUCGGUCGUGCGUAACGAGCACGUCGACGCGUACCUGCUCAGCGAGAGUAGCAUGUUCGUCUUCCCCCACAAGCUCAUCCUGAAGACUUGUGGAACCACGACCCUUCUCAGCGGACUCCCGGAGCUACUCCGCAUUGCUGCCCAGGAGGCCGGAUUCACCGAUGCCGGAGAGGCUGCAGCCACUCCGUACAGGGUGUUUUACUCGCGCAAGUCGUUCAUGUUCCCCCAGAAGCAGAUGCACCCCCACCAGAGCUGGAAGGACGAGGUCGACUUCCUGGACAGAUGGUUUGGCAACGGUAGCGCCUACAUGCUCGGCAGGACCAACGGCGAGCACUGGUACCUGUACAUGACCACUCCCGGCUCCGAGCUGUCUCCCCCGCUCACUCCUCAGAGUGAGAUGGAGGAUAUGGAGUUUGCGCUCCACCAAACCGAGACUAAGAUUCUGCACUUCCCCGGAGAAGACGAAGCCGCCAUCUUUAAGAACAUUGGCGGAGGUCGGGACGGAGGCAGUGGAAACGGAAUCUUCGACGAGACGUUGGAGGUGUUGAUGACGGACCUGGACCCAGUCAAGGCCAGGCAGUUCUAUCUCGAAGACGCGAGUACUAUCGCAGCAGGCCAGUACCGCAAGGAGAACGGUGACAAUUCAGCCGACGAGUCUGAUGACGACUGCGGAAAGUCGAUCGACAGCGGGGUCGCCGACUUGCCCGAGAACCUCAGGAGUGAGGGCCACGCCCUGGGCGCCAUAGUCUCGGAGGCAUGCGGACUCAACGACGCAUACCCUCGGUCCAAGUACCCCGAUGCGUGCGUCGACUCGUACAUCUUCUCCCCGUGCGGGUUCUCAGCCAACGGUGUCAUUCCGUCCCCCGACCCGAACGUCACGACCACACACUACUUCACCGUGCACGUCACCCCCGAGCCUCACUGCUCAUACGCCUCGUUCGAGACCAACGUUCCGGGUCGCCAGUCUGGACGGGAGACCGCCGAGAUCUUGGAGCACGUGGUCGAGAUCUUCCGUCCCGGACGCUUCUCAGUCACCCUCUUCGAGGCUAAGCCUGUGGCCCUUGAGAGCCGCCCCGGCAGGGAGGCAUUCCAUGACAUGACCGCGGCCCGCCGUGCGCACCGCAUGGACAAGAUCAAGGGCUACAAGAAGAUCGACAAGAUUGUGCACGAGCUUGACGGUUACGAUCUCGUUUUUAGGUACUACGAGCGCGAUGACUGGCGCGGCGGAGCAAAAGCCUGCAGGGGUUUCUAG